AUGUCUUAUUCUCGAGAGCACAGAUUCAUUUUAGCGGGAAAUCUCAGAAACCAUUUUUAUCGUGAAUUGCACUGUGUUAAUCACUUUUGUCCACCUGGAUCAUUUUGUAGCGAAAGAAAAGGACCAUGCAAAACUCCACCUUGCCGUCCAAUCCUACUCUGCAUACCAGAUCAGUACAAUGGAUGCGCUGGGCAUUCAUGCCCGAGUGGCGAGAUAUGUGUCGAGCGAGUCCAACCAUGUAUAGGGAAAUCCUGCAAGAAAAUUCCAUCUUGCGCCACGGACUUAUUUCCUAUUUGUGAAACUAAAAACGGUGUAACAAACCAGGAUAGAAAUUGA